AAAUUUAAUCUCCGCUGCCCCGUCGGAUGGGUUCAGGAGAGAGAGAGCACAGUAUAUGAUUAGCCUCCCAGAUUAGAGAAGCUUUAGACAUCUGAGGAAUAAUUUGGUUCUUGGGGAAGACCAGAAGUACCCUAAAGCCGCCCCCUGCUCUGGCCCUGCCCCCAUGGGCGUUCAACCUGACUAGACUCUAAGGGGGUGGAUUAAUUGGACAUCUUGUUGUUUCUUUGGGGGAGAGGGAUUGGGAUCCCAUCCGUUUGGAAAAUCUUGACUGUGAGACGGUAGUGUUUUACUUUUUUGACAUGGAUCUGCAGAAUCCAUGUAAGCCCGUGGACGGGCCGAACUGCAUGCAUCCUAUGAUGUGGAAGGUGUGUCAUCACCCAGACUGUCAGGAACUGAAUGGUAAAAACCCUUUGCACCUGUGUGAGUCAUGUGAUUCUCGAUGUCACCUGGAUGACACUGACAGCAUGCACUUUGACAGGCACCCCCGCUUUGACUUACAGCCACAAGGUUCCAUCCUGGCGCGAAAUGUGUCCACGCGGUCCUGUCCCCCUCGCACCAGCCCCCCAUCAGACCUGGAGGAAGAUGAAGAAGGAACCAAUGAACAAGGGGAACGCAAGACAGGAGGACUGAAGAUGAAAGGAAAGGAGGGAAAGAAGCCCAGACGACGACACACUGACGACCCCAGGAAGGAAUGCUUCACGCUUAAGUUUGACCUGAACAUUGAUAUUGACACUGAGAUUGUCCCGGCAGUAAAAAAGAAGACGCUACGAGAGGUGCUCGGACCAAUUUUUGAACGUAAGGGGAUCGAACCGUCCCGAGUUGAUCUGUUCCUGGACCAGUCAAACACUCCACUCUCGCUCCAUUUUGAGGCUUAUCGUUUUGGAGGGCAUUAUCUCAAAGUGAAAGCUCGCCCUGGCGAUGAGCUGAAAGUAGAGCAAAGCGUGAAGGAUUUACGCUCUCUCAGUCUACCCAACAUGAAGCCGUCAGUAGGGGGCAGUCUUUACAUCCUCACACCAGCCAGUGAGACGGCAGAACAUGGGUCCCUGCCGAGGCAAGACAGCGUGGACAUACUGGGUCAAGCCCGUCGGCGGAAAAACAUGACCGAGUUUCUGGGUGAUGCAAGCAUACCGUCCCCAGGAACAUUGGCCAUGCUGGGCGGGUCGCUGCCGAGCGUCGCUCCUGGAGUGCCACUGUCCGGGGUAGGUGCUGGACCAGACAACUGGAAGAACCGCGCCACCAGUCGGAUCAGUGUGUUCUUUGGUGCCGGAUCUGGAAAGGAGGUGGACCGCAUGGAGCUGCUUCAUACUAAGUUGCAGGCGUACACAAAGUUUGGUCUACCCAAGAGUCAGCUAGCCUUCCACAAGGACUCCUGGGAGGAGGGAGAGAAGCCAGAUCUGACGCUGGAGGACAGCUGGAGACAACUGCUGGAGAACACAGAGAGUUUAGGGCAACGUCAGUUUCAACAGCAAGAGGCAAUAUGGGAACUGAUCCAAACAGAGGCUACGUACAUCAAGAAACUCAGGGUCAUUACGGAUCGAUUCCAAUGCGUCCUGCUGAAUCUACAGGACAACAGUUUGCUGGGCGAGGUGGAGCCCGCACGCCUCUUUAGCAACAUCUACGAUAUUGUACGUCUGCACAGUGCGCUGUGGGUCCAGGUUGUGUUUCCGGCGCUGGAGAAGGCGCGGCGCACACAGAGCCUGAUCGACCCUACCGACCUCGAGCGGGGAUUCUGUGAGUUUACAUCCAGAUUCCAGCCAUAUAUCCGGUACUGUAUGGAGGAAGAGAGCUGUAUGGAAUACAAUAGCAUGCUUUUGAGAGAGAACGAGCUCUUUAAAAUCUACAUCACGUGGGCUGAAACAGAUAAGCAGUGCAAUCGUCUGAAGCUGGCGGACAUGCUUGCCAAACCUCACCAGAGACUGACCAAGUACCCUCUGCUCCUAAAAACCAUUCUGAAGAAAACCGACGAGCAAACUAUCAAAGACGCCCUCAACCGUAUGGUGUCGUGUGUGGAGAGCUUCAUCAACGGUGUGGACUCACAGAUGCGUCAGCGACAGGAGCAACAGAAACUGGCGGCCAUUUCGGCUCGGGUGGAGGCUUACGAAGCUGUGGAGGGAGCCAGUGAGGAGGUCGAGAGGGCUUUGAAGGAGUUUAAUCGCUUUGACCUGACGGCGCCCAUGAUCGGCACGUCACCAGAAGAGACCAGACAACUGCACCUGGAGGGGGCGCUCCGCAUGAAAGAUGGAAAAGACAGCAGGAUGGACGUUAACUGUUUCCUGUUUACGGAUUUGCUGUUGAUCACGAAACCAUCAAAGCGCUUGGACAAGGUGAAGGUGAUCCGGCAGCCCCUCCUUCUGCGUCACAUCGUGUGUAAAGAGCUUAAAGACACAGGCUCAUUUGUGCUCAUCUACCUCAAUGAGUUCAAGACCGCUGUGGCUGCCUACUCAUUUCAGGCAAACAGCGCCACCCAGGGGCGAAGCUGGAUUGACGCGAUCUGCAAAGUCCAGAAACAACUGCAGCGUUUGCGCUCCGAGGAAGAGAAGCGUCAGAAAGCAUGUCUGAAGAAGAGGCUUCUGGAAGAUCAGGAGGAUGAAGAGAGCUGUAACUCUGCGGCCAGCUCGCCACACCUCAGACACAAAGAUGCCAACAACAGCCAAUCAGAUGGCUCCACGGAAACCCUGUCGGUGAUGGACAUGGAUGAAUCUGGAUCUUCUCUUGAACUCGUGCUACAGUCUGACCCGGGUGGGCAUCCAGAAUCUGAUGCCAGUCUCUCCUCCCUCCCCGGGCAACAACAGCCACAGGGAGCUGGCGACUUUGAGCCUCAUUCAGACCUGGACCCACAACGCCGUUCAAUGUCCAUGGACAGCGCCUAUGGCACCCUCUCACCAGAAUCAACGGUGGAAACGCAGAGCCGAUUGGCCACAACUGCGGAAGAUGACUCGGAGGAAGACAAGGUGGAGACGAAGGCAGAAGACGAGGAGCAGGAGAAUGUGGGUGAGGAAGAUAAAAGCUCGCUCGGUUCUCAGAACUCAGUGGCACAUUCUUUAAAACCCAGACGCCGGCCGCCCGUACAGUGCCGCUUGCCGUUUCUGGAGAGACUCGCUGUCAAAUCCAUCUCGGAGGACAACCUUCUGUCCACGGUUCACCAUGUUAACAGUAACAAUGGCGUUGCCAGGGCAGCUACGGAGCGCACAGGAUGUCGGCACACGUGGGAGAAGAGGGUGAAAUGUUUUGAGGGCGUGUCGCUGAGCAGGAGCCUGACGGAGCUCAAUGCCGCCGGAUCGGAUGAAUCUUUACCGACGGAUGGGGAGAGUGAUGAAAGCGACAAACUCACGUGCAGUUUACCCACAGCCAUGCUUUUGGACACGGUUAGAAAAGCCAGAAUGGCACAAGAGGAUGGUGGUAUUCACUACAGUGCGUCGGAUGGGGAGCUGUCGCCCCCUAGUGGCUUGGAAGGAGUGGGACAAGGAGGAGGACCCCAGCAACACAAAAAACUGACACUGACCCAGCUGUACAGGAUACGAACCACACUGGUGCUCAAUUCAACACUGACGGCUUCAGAAGUGUAGCAUCUUUCUGGCUCGACCCGAGUUCCAGGGAAACCUUGUGGGACUAAAUCCUGCAGGACACAAAUG